UGGGCCUCUCCCACACCACUCUUGCUUUUGAGACAAAAGAGACACCUAUCUCUCUCCCUCUCUCACCCACUCGACCACCAUCAUCCAAGGAAGAGAAAACCUCCAAGAAAUAUACCUCCUCCAUAGCCUAACUCGUGCUGCAACUCAACAAGGAAGAAGAAAGAAGUUUGAGGAAGAAGAGGGGGUGGGAAAGUGUGUUGAUUGAGGAACUUGAUUAAAGUAUUUUUGAGCUUCGCCGGAGUUUCGCCGGAGUUGGUCAACGUUCGCCGGAGUUGGUCAAAGUUCACCGGAAAUUAGUCAAAGUUCAAUCGGGGAGCGUAGAACGCGCGUGAGCUCACUUAAGUUUCAGGUAGAACUUGAAGGUUGCUACCACCGCCCGUUGCUUCGGGAAGAUCAAAGGAGGGAGACGUGAAAUGGAGCCAGUCGGAAGGAUCACUAGGAGGAACCCGACGGGCCGUGUACCGGGUGGGUCCGAGCGCGGUAGCCGGGGGUCCUCUAGGGGAUCAAGAGGAAGAGGCCGCGGAGGCCGACAACAACAAACCGUAAGCGAUGGCCACGUCGAUACGGAAAGCGAGACCUAUUGGUCUUAUGAGGACUCGACCUACCGGCCGGAAACUGAGCCGGUUGAGACCCCUUAUGAAGGGGAUGACGACGAUGUUAGUGACGAGGAGGAAAAUGGCUCCUUGGCUAGGAUUGAAGCACUGCUCCAACAAUAUCAUCGGGAGCGUGAGGAAAGGAGAGAACGCCGAAGGCGCCGUGCGGGGCCACCUUCGGGCGGGGCUCCAAGAGGGAGGAGCUACUGUGAUUCGAGGACCCAUGUAGAAGCGCAUGGGAGCCGUGGUGAUGGAGGUCCAACCAUAAGGAUCUCCAAAUACAUCAAGGAGGCGAGAGACUUGGGGUGUAAACCGUUCGAUGGGACGGGAGACAUCUCAGUUGCCGCGCAGUGGAUCAAGAGGCUGAACGAGGCAGCCCUUGACAUGCAACUCACCCCCGAUUUCAAAUUGAGAAUCGGGGUGAGGUUACUUGAAGGGUUAGCAUCCAAGUGGUGGGAUGGAACCAAGGGUAAGUAUGGCGGGACAGUUACUUGGGAGGAUUUUCGGCAAGAAUUCUUUGCCCAAUACUACUCCGACUUUGAGGUAAACGCCAAAGUGAGGGAGUACACUCUUUUGACCCAAGGGGGUAACAUGACGGUGAAAGAACUUGAGCAUAAGUUCAGGGACCUUGCCGACCACAUACCGGAGUAUGCGUGUGAUGAGAACCGAAUGGUGAAUCACUUUUGGGAGGCCUUGGACUUGGAGAUACGUGAUAGGGCGACUCAAUUGCCCAACAUGACUUUCAGCCAAGUGGUUGCCCAGGGGUUGAAGGGAGAAAAGCAAUGGGAGGAAAGGAAGAAGAGGGACGCCGAGGAGGCAAAGAAGAGGAAAUGGGAGAGCCAUGGCCCCCAAGGUUCUAAUAAGAAAGGGAACCAUGGGGGAGGAGGAUCAUUCAGGGCACCGGCACCACCAUCUAGGGGAGGCUCAGGCACGGGUGGACAAACCUCGGGCUCGCAAGCCCCAAUGAUGAUUAGAUGCAGGAAUUGUAACAGGAACCAUGGGGGUAAGUGUCGUGACCCUCCUCGGUGCUACCAAUGUGGAGACACGGGGCAUAUUAAACCAAAUUGCCCUCAACUUGGUGGGAACCGAGGGGUGGGAUCAAGCGGCGCUACCACGGCAAGUAGGAACCGAAGCGGAGCACCCCAUGCUAGUAUGGGGCAGGGGGGAGCGAGCACAAGCAACGCGCCGUCCGUGAACCAAGGAAGGACUCAAGCUAGAGUCUACGCAAUGACCGAGGCCGACGCUCGGGCCAA